AUGAGAUUCACUGUCUAUUUGAGACUUUCGAGUGGAGAUGACAAAUGUUUUCUUUGCAUAUGUGUUCAGAAUACUUCGGUUCCACUGAGCUUACUCGGUAUAUGGCGAAAGAUUGGAGAAGCUGAGUUUAUUUGUACAGUUAAUCCAGGGGAAAAAAUGACAGUGGUACUGGAAUCAAACUAUUUACGUGUAGAAACUCAUUUAGGAGAGACAAAAUUCCAUCACAUUGAGGUACCCGAAGAUGACCAGUCGGUCGCUAAAACAAUAAAAUGCCAAAUGCUGCAAAUGGCAGAAAUAAACAAAUCACCUUUUGGAAAACUUAUUAUUAGGAAAUAUGCCAGUAACUCUAUCUUUCAAACAAUUUUUGAAAUCAAACUGGAUCUGGAAAUCCAUGAAAUAAAUGAAACACUCUCACAAUUUGAAUACUAUGAUGAUUCAGCUGUAUCACAAUCAAGUUUAAUGACACCUCGAAGAAUAUUUUGCUUACUACUAUCUAAGUUUCAAAAGCUUGGCGGAUGCUUAUCUCAAGUUGCAAGUAUCCUCCAUUCAGCCUCACAAGAUAAAAAUAAGAUUCCUGAUAAUCUAUCACAAUCGAACAAAUACUUUGAAGAUUUUAAAAUGUUUUCAGAUUGUUAUUACCAUAAUCAUCCAAUGUCUGACAAAUACUUUAAUAGUGAGGAGUCCUCUGUUUCGGAGCGAAUUUGUCAGUCUCAAAAAAUAACUCAUGGUAUCUGUCAUCCGAACCAAUCGAAUCAGAAUAUAACUUUUCCUACUACUGAACAAUAUAAUCAUGUUAAAACACAAUAUGCAAGUGGAGACGAUUAUUAUCAGCCUAAACAAAUUAUAAAUGAAUCAAAAAGAAAGAUAUUUAGAAAUGGUAGUCUAGAUAGAAUGAUGAGCUUGAAAAAACCAUGGUCAAGACAUGUUAGACGAAGAAAUAGCUUGCCCACGACUGCUCAACCAAAUGAUCCUGAUCAUAUUACUACACUACCCAAUUUUAAACUGGCAAAAGAGUUUGAUAAUUUUGUAGAAUUUGGUACACCUAUUAAACGUGCCUCGUCUUAUCUGAAUUCAGAUGAAGAAAUAUCUCAAAUUACACCACAUAAAAAACAAUGUACAAAUAAUAAUAAUAAUAAUAAAAAUAAUAAUAUUGAAAUCCGACAACAAAAGUAUGAAUCUAUUCGUAAACCUAAAAUUGUAACAAAACGUCGAGUUGAUAAGAAUUUACUUCGACAGCGUAGAUCAAAUCAAGCCUUACUACCUAAUCUAUGGCAUCCUUCGAUAUCUUCAACAGCGGACAAAACAACUGAACAUAUAUUAAAUGUUGUACAGGCAAAAAUCGAAGAAACUAAACGAGAAACUGAAGCAAUUCACAAGAAUGUCAUAUCAUUUUUGGAAAAAAUACAAUCUCCUGUUAAAAAUAUACCAAAUUUCACUGAAUGUGAUCAGAAAACCAAAGAAACCAAUUCGUUAUUUCUUUUUUCAGAUAGAUCUAUUCAAGAUAAUGAUAUAUGGAAUAUUAUUCACUUAUGUAAUAGUACUAAUGCACCGAAUUGGAAAAUCUGGCUUAAAAUAUGUCAUCCUACUUAUAAUGAACUGAAUUCCUUCGAUCAAAACUGGUCGAAAGUUUUGAAUUUUAGUAAAAUUGAUCCACGUUACACGUCUUACCUUAUUUUACUAAACUGGUUAGAAAUUAAUUCGAAUCCCAAAACGAACAUUAAACCAACUUACAUGAAUUUAUUUAAACAAUUGAUUAAUGAAGGUUAUAAUGAAUUUGUGAUUUUAUGUAAACAAAAGCUUUUCAAUAAUUAUUCACGUAAACGAAAUUUUAUUAGUUAAUUCAUUUUCUGUUUUACUUAUCUUGUAAAUGAACAUUUCCUGUGAUAUUUAUCUUGUUAAUUUUAACAAACCAUUCUUU